ACGGUUUUCUAUGUUUUUGUCAAAAUGACUUCAACACCUAGUCUUGCGACAACGACUUCUGUGCCUGAAUUAACUGAAAAGUUUGCUUUGGAAGCUCUUGAUAUUGUUGUGGUCGUGGUAUACUUCGUCUUUGUUCUUGUUGUGGGAAUAUGGUCUUCUGUCAGGGCAAACCGUGGGACAGUGGGUGGAUACUUCUUGGCUGGAAGAUCCAUGACAUGGUGGCCUAUUGGGGCCUCUCUGAUGUCCAGUAAUGUUGGCAGUGGUUUGUUCAUUGGACUAGCUGGCACUGGAGCAGCAGGAGGCAUCGCUGUUGGAGGGUUUGAAUGGAAUGCAGCUUGGGUCCUCAUUGCUCUUGGUUGGAUCUUUGUGCCUGUUUACAUCUCUGCUGGUGUGGUAACUAUGCCAGAGUACCUGAAGAAGCGGUUUGGGGGCCAGCGCAUCCGAAUCUACAUGAGUGUUCUCUCCCUCAUCCUCUAUAUUUUCACCAAGAUAUCAACAGACAUCUUCUCUGGCGCUCUGUUCAUUCAAGUGUCCCUGGGCUGGGACCUCUAUCUCUCCACAGUGGUGCUUCUUCUAGUAACUGCCCUCUACACUAUAGCUGGGGGGCUGACAGCAGUUAUCUAUACAGAUGCUUUACAGACGGUCAUCAUGGUGAUAGGCGCAUUUGUACUCAUGUUCAUAGCGUUUGACAAAGUGGGUUGGUAUGAGGGUCUGCUGGAGCAGUACAAGGAGGCCAUCCCCACAUUGACUGUGCCCAACACUACAUGUCACCUACCCCGGUCCGAUGCCUUCCACAUCCUCAGAGACCCAGUCACGGGGGAUCUGCCCUGGCCUGGUCUGCUGUUUGGCCUCACGGUGCUAGCCACCUGGGUGUGGUGCACUGACCAGGUGACAGUGCAGAGGUCUCUCUCAGCCAAGAACCUGUCCCAUGCCAAAGGAGGCUCUGUGCUGGGAGGUUACCUGAAGGUCCUGCCCAUGUUCUUUAUAGUGAUGCCUGGAAUGAUCAGCAGAGCACUUUACCCAAAUGAGGUAGGAUGUGUUGACCCCAUUGCGUGCCAAAGAAUCUGUGGAGCCACCGUGGGCUGCUCCAAUAUUGCCUACCCAAAACUAGUGGUAGAACUUAUGCCUGUUGGCAUGCGGGGGUUGAUGAUUGCAGUAAUGAUGGCUGCCCUCAUGUCCUCUCUGACUUCCAUCUUCAACAGCAGCAGCACCCUGUUCACCAUGGACAUCUGGCAGAGGGUCCGGCCACAGGCCUCCGAGCCAGAACUCAUGGUAGUGGGCAGGGUGUUCAUCUUAGUAAUGGUGGUGCUCAGCAUUCUGUGGAUCCCCAUCAUCCAGUCAGCCAACAGUGGACAGCUGUUUGACUACAUCCAGGCCAUCACCAGCUACCUGGCUCCUCCCAUCACUGCUGUCUUCAUCAUGGCCAUCUUCUGGAGGCGUGUCAAUGAGCAGGGAGCCUUCUGGGGUCUGAUCGUGGGCCUUGCUGUUGGCUUGGUGCAGAUGGUGCUGGUGUUUGUGUAUGGCACCCCAUCUUGUGGAGAGAUAGACAUACGGCCAGCCUUCAUCAGGGAUGUCCACUACCUGUACUUUGCUCUUAUCCUCCUGGCUCUCACUGGCCUGGUCAUCACUGCUGUCAGCCUCUGCACUCCGGCCAUUCCAGAGCACCAUCUCCAUCGCCUGACAUGGUGGACAAGACACAGCAAGGAGCCGCGCAUUGACUUCAAUGACCCAUGGACCACAAAGCCCAGGACACCACCCAGAACUCCUGACCCCAGAGUUGGGGAGGAGGCUGCUGUGGAAGGCAGGCCAUGCUGGAAGCGUACUGGAAUGUGGCUGUGUGGGCUGUCUGGGCCUGAGAAGAAAAAGUUAACCCUGGAGGAGAAAAAUGACUUGGAGUUAAAACUGACCAGCAUUGAGGAAGAACCAAUCUGGCGGAACGUGUGCAAUGCGAAUGCCCUCAUACUACUCUCUAUCAAUGUCUUUAUGUGGGGAUACUUUGCCUGAGUUAAUAUAACUCAUUUUGAUUAUAGAUAUUGUUGAAUCACAUAUUGUUUAUUGAAUUACUGAUCACACACAAAAUGCUAAUUGGUUUACAAUUAGAAUGUCAAACAAUAAAUGGUAAUGUUGUUGGGAUUUAGACUUUUUAUUGCCAAAACUGUCAUCUGUAUGUGUACUCUUUGAUCAGGGUCAGUAGUUAGGUUUCCAUCUAUUUGGCGACAGAUUUUCAUGCGAAUAUUCUAAAAUCCGCAUAAAAACAAUAUGCACAUUUUCCUACCAUAGAUGAGUUUCCAUCAAAUGGACUUGUUACAGAUAAAAGGCUGUGCGUGAUUAUGUAUUGGACAUAAAAUACCUUUUGCGGUUAAAUUCCCCAUGUACUGAAUAAAAAAUGCUAAAGUUAAA